AGUUUCAUGUUUGAAUUCUGCAACAAAUUUGCAAUGAGAGCAUUAAGCAAGUUCCGAUCGCUGGAUCCAUAUCUCCGUUCACAAUCUCAUGUUUUCCAUCUAUCAUCAAAGCCUUCUUCACACCCUCACAGAGCACACAAACUUCCUAAUAGCAACAAACUUUCAGACACCACCGAUGCUUCUCGUGCACUUUUCAAUGAGAUCACCGAGAUUUUAGGUGCUGAUACUGUGAUCCCUGAUCAAUCCCCAUCUGGGUUUUUGUUUCCUGGCGAAACUCGUGAAUGUGAAGGCGGUUUGAAUGAGCAACCGGUUUGCGCUGAAGGUGUUUGUGGAAAUGCCGCAGAGGAAUUGGUUGUUGAUAAAGGGGAGAGCUUUGCUGUUAUGGAAGAUGCCCAGUUGGGGAAUAUGGGUGAAGAAGAAUUGAGCCGAAUGGUUGGUGAGAUUACUGAAAUUGUUCGAUCGGAAAAUGGUUCCGGUUCAAUGGAAGAACGGUUAGAAAAUGUGGGUUAUGGGCUGAAAGCUGAGGUUUUUGACAAGGUGUUGCAAAGGUGCUUUAAAAUGCCACGUUUGGCUUUGAGGGUUUUCAAUUGGUUGAAGCUCAAGGAAGGUUUUAGGCAUACCACGCAGACUUAUAAUACCAUGUUGCGCAUUGCUGGAGAAGCUAAGGAUUUUGGGUUGGUGAAGAAGUUGGUGGAAGAAAUGGAUGAGUGUGAAGUUCCAAAGGAUGUUAAUACGUGGACCAUUCUCAUAUCAUACUACGGGAAGGCAAAGAGAAUCAGUGAGGCGCUGUUAGCCUUUGAAAAUAUGAAUAGAUGUGGUUGUGAACCUGAUGCGGUUUCAUAUAGAGCUAUGGUUCGUGCGCUUUGCAGUUCUGGGAAGGGCGAUAUCGCAAUGGAGUUCUAUAAAGACAUGAUUCAAAAGGACAUGGUACUUGAUGCGAGGUUGUAUAAGAUGCUCAUGAACUGCGUGGCUAAAUCGGGAGAUGUUUCAGCUGUUAGUGUGCUUGGAAAUGACAUGAUACGAUUGUCUGUGAUGCCAGAAAAUGAGAUUCAUGGUUGUAGGUUGAAGAGUUUAUGCAUUUCUGGAAGAAUUAAAGAAGCUUUGGAAUUGAUUCGUGACCUAAAAAAUAAAGAUAUAGCUCUUGAACCUGAAUUUUUUGAGACCUUGGUGAGAGGGCUGUGUAAGGCCGGUAGGACUACAGAUGCUUUUGAGAUUGUUGAAAUUAUGAAGAGAAGGGACACUGUUGAUGGGAAGAUUCACGGGAUUAUCAUAAAUGGGCAUUUGGGAAGAAAUGAUAUUCAGAAGGCACUUGAUGUGUUUCAAAGCAUGAAAGAAUCUGGUUAUGUACCUACAGUUUCCACAUAUACGGAUCUGAUACAGCAUCUCUUUAGGUUGAGUAGGUACGAAGAAGCUUGCAUGCUGUACGAUGAGAUGCUGGGAAAAGGAAUUAAACCAGAUAUUGUAGCAGUAACAGCCAUGGUUGCAGGUCAUGUUUCACGAAACCAUAUAUCUGAAGCAUGGAAAAUUUUCAAGAGUAUGGAGUACCAAGGCAUCAAGCCCACUUGGAAAUCAUAUACAGUAUUUAUUAAGGAGCUUUGCAAGGCUUCAAGGACAGAAGAUAUCCUCAAAGUAUUGGAUGAAAUGCAGGCUUCAAAGAUUGCAAUUCGAGAUGAAGUAUUCCAUUGGGUUAUAACUUAUUUGGAGAACAAGGGUGAAUUUGCUGUGAAAGAGAAAGUCCAGCAGAUGCAUACAGCAUCUAAACUGGCUCCUGAAAAAUUCAGUGAAUCCAAAAAGCAAGUGUUUGUAGGAAUUAAGGUGGAAGAGGAUGUGAGAGUAGACCAAUUGAAGUCGGAAAAGGUAGAUUGCUCCUUAGUACUUCCGCACCUUAAGACUUACAGUGAGCGAGAUGUUCAUGAAGUUUGUAGGAUCCUAUCAUCCUCUAUGGAUUGGUCCUUAAUCCAAGAAAAAUUAGAGAAAAGCGCCAUCAGGUUCACCCCAGAAUUUGUUGUGGAGGUAUUGCAAAUUUGCAAUAAGUAUGGUCACAAUGUGCUAAAUUUCUUUUCAUGGGUGAGAAAGCAACCUGGAUACAAACACACUGCAGAAUCUUACAACAUAGCAAUCAAAAUUGCAGGCAGCGGGAAAGAUUUCAAGCACAUGCGCAACCUGUUCUUUGAAAUGAGAAGAAACAACUAUCCAGUAACUUCAGAAACAUGGACAAUCAUGAUAAUGCUUUACGGCCGAGCAGGUCUGACAAACAUGGCCAUGAAUUGCUUCAACGAGAUGAAAGCUGAUGGUUAUAGCCCAAGUAGGAGCACAUACAAGUACUUGAUCAUUGCCCUUUGUGGGAGGAAAGGAAGGAAGGUUGAUGAUGCUCUGAAAAUAUAUGGUGAGAUGAUCAAUGCAGGACAUGUCCCUGACAAAGAAUUGAUAGAAACUUACCUUGGUUGUUUAUGCGAAGUUGGUAUGCUUUUGGAGGCUAAGAGAUGCGCAGAUUCUCUUAAAAAAUUUGGCUACACAGUUCCUCUUAGCUACUCCUUAAUUAUCAGGGCUCUUUGUAGAGCUGGAAAAGUGGAAGAAGCAUUAACAUUAGCUGAUGAGGUUGUUGGGGCUGAGAAAUCCAGUUUAGAUCAACUAACUUGUGGAAGCAUUAUUCAUGCUCUGUUGCGCAAGGGUCGAUUAGAAGAUGCAUUAGCCAAGAUUGAUGCCAUGAAACAGCAGGGUAUAAAACUCACCAUCCAUGUUUACACAUCUUUAAUAGUUCAUUUCUUUAAAGAGAAACAGGUUGGAAAAGCUAUGGAGAUUUUUGAGGAAAUGCAACAGGCAGGUUAUGAACCGAAUGUUGUUACAUGUUCUGCACUUAUCCGCGGGUACAUGAACAUGGAGAGGCCUAUUGAUGCCUGGAAUGUCUUCUACCGUAUGAAACUUAAAGGACCCUUUCCUGAUUUUGAAACAUAUUCUAUGUUCCUCACUUGCCUCUGCAAGGUUGGGAGAUCCGAAGAAGCAAUGAAACUUAUUUCUGAGAUGUUGGAUAGUGGGAUUGUUCCUAGCACUAUUAACUUUAGAACAGUUUUUUUCGGAUUAAAUAGAGAAGGUAAACGAGAUUUAGCCCGUGUUGUAUUACAACAAAAAUCAGAUCUAAUAAGAAAGCGCAAGCUUAUUGCUUGACUUCUUUUCCUCA